UCUAAUGUUUUGAGGGAACAGAUAAUGUGGAAAACCCGCCUUCCUCAGCAUACGUUACAGCUCCAUUGAUACGCCUAUGGUGGGUAGUUAACUUUUAGGGGUUGGAUUUGGUGGGGAGUUGGGGAUUUGAAAAUUUUAAGCUAGAAAAUUCUUCUCGCUCGUCACUCGGAGCUUUUACAAGUAUAGCAGUUUUAUCCAUCCAUGGCCACUGCAGCAAAGGCAUCCCUCCUCUUCUCUCCCUCGCCGGCGCCUGAGGGCUUUCUCACAACUCGUCUCUGCAAACUCUUCCCCACUCAAAAGCCUUCUUUUCCCACUCCCGCUUCCUCCUCCUUCUCUUCUAUUACCUUAUCUAAGGUCCUCAGUGCCGAUGCUGUAUAUACCAAAUUGCCUCCCCGACUACGGACUGCGAGGCAGGAGCAGGAGCGCGACGCCAUUUCUCUCCUAAAUGAGCGAAUUCGGCGGGAGCACGCCAAGAGAGAUCAAUCCCACCCUCUUAGACCGGCCAUGGAUUCGGAGGAAGCUGAUAAGUACAUUCAGCUGGUGAAGGAGCAGCAGCAAAGGGGCCUCCAGAAGCUCAAAGGCGACAGAGCAAGACAAGCUGGUGCAGGUGCAGACGAUGCAGCUCAAGCUACUUUUAGUUACAAGGUGGACCCUUACACUCUCCGUUCCGGCGAUUACGUGGUGCACAGGAAGGUCGGAAUUGGACGAUUUGUCGGCAUCAAAUUUGACGUUCCCAAGGAUUCCAAGGAGCCUAUUGAAUACGUCUUUAUUGAGUAUGCUGACGGCAUGGCUAAAUUACCCGUUAAGCAGGCUUCUCGUUUGCUCUAUCGUUACAAUCUCCCUAAUGAAACCAAAAAGCCACGGACUUUGAGCAAGUUAAGUGAUACUAGUGCAUGGGAGAGGAGAAGGAUGAAGGGAAAAGUUGCAGUUCAGAAAAUGGUUGUAGAUUUAAUGGAGCUAUAUCUACACAGGCUAAAACAAAAAAGGCCUCCAUACCCAAAGACCCCAGCCAUGGCUGAAUUUUCAUCUCAGUUCCCUUUUGAGCCCACACCGGAUCAGAAACAGGCUUUCUUAGAUGUGGAAAGGGACUUGACAGAGAGGGAAAAUCCGAUGGAUAGAUUAAUUUGUGGAGAUGUUGGUUUUGGUAAAACUGAAGUUGCACUUCGUGCCAUCUUCUGUGUUGUCUCUACAGGGAAGCAAGCUAUGGUUCUAGCACCAACUAUAGUUUUAGCUAAACAACAUUUUGAUGUUAUCUCAGAGAGAUUCUCAAGAUAUCCUAACAUCAGAGUUGGACUUCUUAGCAGGUUUCAGACCAAGUCAGAGAAAGAGGAGUACUUGAGUAUGAUUAAAGACGGACGCGUGGAUAUUAUUGUUGGGACGCAUUCACUACUUGGCGAUCGGGUUGAAUAUAAUAAUUUGGGUCUACUUGUGGUUGAUGAGGAACAGAGGUUUGGUGUAAAACAGAAGGAGAAGAUUGCUUCAUUUAAAACCUCAGUGGAUGUUCUUACACUUUCAGCAACGCCUAUUCCGAGAACUCUCUAUUUAGCAUUAACUGGAUUUCGUGACGCUAGUUUGAUCUCAACACCACCUCCCGAGAGAGUUCCGAUAAGAACACAUCUUUCAGCUUACAGCAAGAACAAAGUAAUAACAGCUAUCAAGCAUGAAUUGGACCGUGGUGGCCGAGUUUUUUAUGUCUUGCCCCGCAUUAAGGGUCUUGAAGAUGUUAUGGAAUUUUUAGAACAAGCAUUCCCACAUGUUGAAAUAGCUAUUGCUCAUGGAAAGCAAUACUCAAAACAGCUUGAGGAAACUAUGGAAAGAUUUGCACGGGGAGACAUUAGAAUUCUUAUAUGUACAAACAUAGUAGAAAGUGGCCUUGAUAUUCAAAAUGCAAACACAAUCAUCAUUCAAGAUGUUCAGCAAUUUGGACUUGCACAAUUGUAUCAGUUGCGUGGAAGGGUCGGACGGGCAGAUAAGGAAGCUCAUGCACACUUAUUUUAUCCUGACAAAUCACUUCUUUCUGACCAUGCACUAGAGAGGCUUGCUGCUCUUGAAGAGUGCUGUGAACUUGGCCAGGGUUUUCAGCUUGCAGAAAGAGACAUGGCUAUUAGAGGAUUUGGUAAUAUUUUUGGCGAGCAACAGACAGGCGAUGUCGGCAAUGUGGGCAUUGAUCUCUUCUUUGAGAUGCUAUUUGAAAGCUUAUCAAAGGUUGAUGAGCAUCGUGUAAUAUCAGUUCCUUACCAUGCAAUGAAGCUUGAUAUCAAUAUAAACCCUCAUCUUCCUUCCGAGUACAUAAAUCAUUUGGAGAACCCCAUGCAAAUCAUUAAUGGCGCUGAAACAGCAGCUGAAAAGGACAUUUUCAGCUUGAUGCAAUUUACAGAAAAUCUGAGGCGUCAGUAUGGCAAAGAACCUUACUCUAUGGAAAUCCUAUUGAAGAAGCUUUAUGUCAGAAGAAUGGCAGCAGAUUUAGGAAUUACCAGCAUAUAUUCUUCAGGAAAGAUGGUUGGCAUGAAAACAAACAUGUCAAAAAAGGUUUUCAAAUUGAUAACUGAUUCAGCAACUUCAGAUGUUCAUCAGAAUUCUCUGAUUUUUGAAGAUGGCCAAAUAAAGGCUGAACUGCUCUUGGAGCUACCUAAAGAACAGUUGCUGAAUUGGAUCUUCCAAUGCCUAGCGGAAUUAUACUCUUCAUUACCGACCUUAAUAAAAUAUUAGUCCUUUCAGUGAACUGUGAUUCUUUACUUCAUCAAGUAGGCAGCCCCAUGUCCAUCGCUAUUAUAGGGUCCUGGGCAUUUGGUUUUAUUAAGAACAUUAGAAGCUUCUCUCUCCGGGGCAGUUGGUUUAAUUAUGAACAUUAGAAGCUUGUCUCUCAUAAGCGGCUGUCUCCCCAUGUACAUACAGUAUGAAAAAAAAAGAGAUAGACCUGUAUCGGCUAUUAAAGCAUAUAUAUGAAAAUCCAACUGGCACUUUCUCCAUUCCUCUUGGGCAAUCAAUCCAUAUCAGAAGUAAAAGCCACGGGGAGUGCAUUGUCUUCCUGAUACAAGGACUAGCACCUUUGUUUAAAUAAAGGAUAUAGGAUAUAUUAAUGGACUAUCAAAAUGAUUUUCUGUUUCUUGUGAAAGAUUUGUUUAUGUGGCAAUUAGGAUCCUCAUUCACCCAACUUGAAUAGGGAAAGAAGACGGGAUCAUAAUUUGUCUUUCAUGUUUUUCCGGAUCCAUGACUCCUUUCUCUUUAUGUUAGAAGAUGUCACCUCUUCAUGACAUUUUCUCUGAAUUAUGGCGCUUCAUGGAAUUUGUGUUGCAUAUUUUUUUCAUA